AGUGCAUUAGACGUACUGAGUUGCUGUAAACAGCCGAAGAAUAUAAACCAUCAGCCGACAAACGUCUUAAAUUUGUUUAAUGUCGACAGGAAAAAAAAAAAAAAAAAAGGAAUGAAAAUAAAAUGACGCAUCAGUAAAGUUUAUUGACCGGACAGAGCUCCGCCCUGCACACCCUGAUGAGCGGCGUUGGCAUCAGUUUUGUCCGGUCUGGCGCUGCCAUGGUCUGACCUGGACUCCCCCUCUGAGGUCACAGGUGGAGGAUAAUGGCUGCAGAGCUGUUCCCCACCAAGAAGCUGGUCCAGUCCGCCUCUGCCAACAGCACCGCCUCCAUCCAGCAGUACCAGCAGCAGAACCUGACCAACAACAACACCACCGUCCAGGGCUGCUGCAACUGGCAGGGCCUGUACCCGACCAUCCGAGAGAGGAAUUCAGUCAUGUUCAACAAUGAGAUGAUGGCUGAUGUUCACUUUGUGGUCGGGCCCCCCGGUGGGACACAGCGGGUUCCGGGUCACAAGUACGUCUUGGCAGUUGGCAGCUCGGUUUUCCACGCCAUGUUCUACGGAGAACUGGCCGAGGAUCAAGAUGAAAUCCGAAUCCCUGAUGUGGAGCCACCUUCGUUUUUGGCCAUGUUAAAGUACAUCUACUGUGAUGAGAUUGACCUGUGCGCCGACACGGUGCUCGCCACUCUCUACGCUGCCAAAAAGUACAUUGUGCCUCACCUGGCCCGGGCGUGCGUCAGCUUCCUGGAAACCAGCCUGAGCGCCAAGAACGCCUGCGUGCUGCUGUCCCAGAGCUGCCUGUUCGAGGAGCCUGACCUGACGCAGCGCUGCUGGGAGGUGAUCGACGCACAGGCCGAGCUCGCCCUGCGCUCCGACGGCUUCUGCGACAUCGACACGCAGACACUGGAGAGCAUCCUGCGCCGAGAAACGCUCAACGCCAAAGAAAUGGUGGUGUUUGAGGUGGCGCUGAACUGGGCCGAAGCGGAGUGUCAGCGACAGGAUCUGCCGCCGUCCAUCGAGAACAAGCGUCUGGUUCUGGGCAAGGCCAUCUACCUGAUCCGCAUACCCACCAUGGCGCUGGAGGACUUUGCUAACGGAGCGGCACAGUCUGGCGUGCUAACGCUCAAUGAAACCAACGACAUCUUCCUGUGGUACACCGCCGCCAACAAGCCUGAACUUCUGUUCUGCACAAAACCGAGGAAAGGCUUAGCACCACAGCGCUGCCACCGCUUCCAGUCCUGCGCCUACAGGAGCAACCAGUGGCGGUACAGAGGCCGCUGCGACAGCAUCCAGUUCGCUGUGGACAAACGCGUCUUCAUCGCCGGCUUCGGUCUCUACGGCUCCAGCUGCGGCUCGGCUGAGUACAGCGUUAAGAUCGAGCUGAAGCGUCAGGGCGUGCCGAUGGCGCAGAGGAUCAUCAAGUAUUUCUCAGACGGCUCCAGCAGCACCUUUCCCGUCUGGUUCGACUACCCGGUGCAGAUCGAGCCGGACACCUUCUACACGGCCAGCGUGGUUCUGGACGGCAACGAGCUGAGCUACUUCGGCCAGGAGGGAAUGACAGAGGUGCAGUGUGGGAAAGUGACCUUCCAGUUCCAGUGUUCCUCGGACAGCACCAACGGCACCGGAGUGCAGGGAGGCCAGAUCCCAGAACUCAUCUUCUACGCCUGAUACUGAGUCCGGCACAAACACCACUGAAAUCCACUGCCAUGUUUACUCUUGACCUGAGAAACAAACACAAACAGAGCAUUCUGCUCGGCUUUCUGAUACACAGAGUUCACAAUUAGACUCGCACCAAAAAUACUAAAGUAAAUCUAAAACAAAGUACAAAACCCAGUUUUCUGUUUAAUUCCAGCCAGAAGAAAAGGCUCUCAUUCAGAAAUUAAACUUCUGGAUGCACCAUGCCGCAUGUGCACUCCGCCUCGCCCGUGCACGCCAUUAGCACAGCCGCCAAACAGACUUGAUAUUCAGGUUACAGCCACAGUGGUUCCAGAGUGCUGAGAAGGUUUUAUAAAACUCCCACUGGCUUCCUGAAUGUGCUUCAGAAUAAAAGACAGAUUAUUUUGACCUUGAAGCACAACCUGAAAUGAUCAAUAGAUCCAUCAGUUAAAUAAAAUAAUCGUCAGUUAAAUAGUUUAUUAAGAAAACCAGCUUUGCUCUUUUCUGUUGUGUUUGGAACUAGUUUAAAGUGAACGUAGUUGCAGUGAAUUUAAACAGCUGGAAUACGACUGAUAACCUGAUUUGUUCUGACUGAAGUUUCUCACGUUGAUCUGCAUUAGAGACAAACAGUUUAAUCUGCCUUCAAACCAGAUGUCUGUUUAAAUCGACUGAAACAAGUGGUGGAUUAGUUUUGAUUGGCACAUAGCUGAUUCAAUAAAACGUGGAGUAAAAGUGAUCUCUGGCCUGCAUUGAGCCGGAUUCCGGUUUCCUGGUUUUCUGUUGUCCUGGAGAUGUCUGGGGUCAGACCAGCUCUCUGGUUUUUGCCUUCAGCUGUUUUUGGUGUUGAAGUUGUUCGGCCGUCUGAAGUGAAGUAAACAAAAUAAUAAACCGUCACUUCACUCAUGAAAGAAAAGAUGACAAAUUUCAGUUUGUUGGAUUUUCUCGUGAUUUUUCUUUUUUCUCUUUUUGACUGAUUUAAACAGUGAAAGAAUCCAAAACAAAGGUGGUUUGACCUUUGACCCAUAAAGUCCUCCAGCUUCUGUUUGAGGACUUUGAAGAAAAUGUUCCUGAUUUGGUUCCAGUUCAGAAAUAAUCUGGAUUUAACAAUUCACGGUUGGUCCACCAAAUUAUGGGCCAGUUUAAGGUCCAUUUAAGGUUUUGACAAAAUCAGUGAUUUAAAGGUGUGGUUGUAAUAACCCCCAGCAUGUUAUCAGUGUUUCAUUCUGUAAUGAUAAUGAACACAUUAAUGUAAUGUGAAAACAUAAAUUCCAGCCUAUUGAGGCCAAACCGCACAUGGUCACUGCAGAGUCCUGAGACCACAGCAGGAGGAUUUUCAGAAUAAAUUUCAGUAUUUUGAAAAUAAACUAUUAUUGAAAUGAAGCAGGUGUUUGUUUCAUCGAGACCUGCUUCAGUUAAGGAUUCAGGUUUCACUGGAAGAAGACGGAGAGAAGAAAUUAUUUUGAAGAACGACGUGUCAGGUUCUGUGAGAUCAGGCCAGGGUUCUGGUCCCGAAGAUUAUUACUAUAUAUCUUUUGUUUUUCACUUUGUUGGACCAACAACAUUUAGAAGAAUAAAAGUUUGCAGUUGAUGAGCAGGACGAGCCCAUCGUGUUUAACUGCGUCUGGAUUCCGAAUCAUAAGUUUGUUUUUUUCCUCCACAGUUUGAUUUUGUUUUUUAAAACUUUAGUUAUUGAUCUGAAUGAAACCUGUCAGUUAUACAUGUGGCAGCCAAUCAAGAAGACCAGUAUCCUGAUCAGGAUCCAGCUGUCCUGGGACCAGUGGGCAGAGAUGAGUUUUGGAUUUAAAGAAUAAUAAAUCCAGAUAAACUCAAAGUGCAUUGAUGUGGUUAUAACGGCCUUAUGAACAUGUCUUAAAUUGAUUUUCAGUCUUUUGUGAAACAAAAAAAAAUAACUUUAUGCAGCAGAUGAUUUUAAUGUCUGCCUAAAAAUUUUUUUUUUUUUUUUUUUUUUAUGUACAGUCUGAACUUCAUUAAAGAUAAAUGUGGAAAACCUG